UGCUGCGAACUAGAUAGGACUUCACCGGCUCACUGCUCUAAGUUCAUACGGCCGAUCGAACACGAAGGCGAGAGACAAAGCUAACGGGUUUUUCUGUCGGUGUUCGCAUCUCUACUCCAAGAUCGGUCGUUUCCCGCUGUCCGAUCCGAUCCCAGUGUUCUCUUCUAAGGAUAAUACAAUGGGAGCAGAUAGUCAGAGCUGGCAUCUGGAGUUAAGCUAUGAUCAGUGGGUAGCACUCCCUGUAUCUGGUCCCCGCCCUGCUGCACGGUAUAAGCAUGCUGCGGCUUUAUUUGAUGAGAAGUUAUACAUUACUGGUGGAAGUCGCAAUGGUAGAUACUUGUCCGAUUUCCAGGUUUUUGAUUUGAGAAGUUUGACAUGGUCCACCGUCAAAUUGAAUAUUGAAGCUUCAGAUGCGAAGACAAAUGAUGGCAUCCCAGCACAAGUUUUUCCUGCAACUUCUGGUCAUAGUAUGAUUAAAUGGGGAAAAAGGCUACUUCUUAUUGCUGGCCUUUCGAAACAUACAACUGACAGGAUGACAGUACGGUUCAUUGACCUUGAAUCAUACAAUUGCGGUGUUGUGGAGACCUUUGGAAAAAUUCCGGUAGCUCGCAGUGGACAAUCAGUUACACUUUUUGGCUCAAAACUUAUCAUGUUUGGUGGAGAAGACUGGAAUAGGAGAUUACUGAAUGAUGUUAACGUUCUUGAUUUGGAGACAAUGACAUGGACUCCUGUUGAGACUACGCAGGCACCUCCAACUCCAAGAUUUGAUCAUGCAGCUGCACUGCACUCAGAGCGAUAUCUUUUUAUCUUCGGUGGAUGCUCUCAUUCUGUAUUUUUCAGUGACCUCUAUGUGCUGGAUUUGGAAGCAAUGGAAUGGUCGCAACCACAGAUUCAGGGUGAUAUUGUGAAAUCAAGGGCAGGCCAUGCUGGUGUUGAUGUUGGAGAAAACUGGUUUAUUGUUGGCGGUGGAGAUAACAGAAGUGGUGCCUUGGAAACCCUUGUUAUAAAUAUGUCCAAGCUUGUAGUAUCUGUUGUGACUAGUGUAAAAGAAAGAGAUCCACUGGCUAGUGAGGGAAUCAGCAUUUCAUCUGCAUUGCUAGGUGGUGAGACUUUUUUGGUUACAUUCGGUGGGUACAAUGGAAAAUACUACAAUGAGGUGUUUGUUAUGAAAGUCAAACCAAGGGACUCUUCGCAACCCAAGAUAUUGCAAUCGCCAGCAGCAGCUGCUGCUGCAGCUUCUGUUACUGCUGCAUAUGCCUUGGCAAAAUCUGAAAGUUUGGAUUAUGGUGAGCAAGAGGAUACAAAUGCUAAGGUAAUUACGGUGGAUACUUCUCAACAAGAUACUGCACUUGAAGUUAAUUCAAUCAAAGAAGAAAUGAAAGCUUUGGAGUCGUCACUUAUUGAGGUUACAGCAGAAACUGCUGCACUCAAGACUAAGAUUGAUGAAACAAAUGGAAGUUAUGCUGAGUUGUCCAAGGAAUUGCAUUCAGUCCAAGGACAGCUUGCUAAUGAGAGAUCGCGGUGCGCCAAACUAGAGGCACAGAUUUCAGAGCUCCAGAAGAUGCUUGAAUCUCUCCCAUCAUUGGAGAAAGAAGUUCAAGCCCUUCGUUCCGAAAAAUCUGCAUUCGAAGGUGAUAUGGAGCAUGGUGGUGCAGCCCAGAGUCAGCGUUCUGGGGGCAUUUGGAAAUGGGUUGCAGGAUAAGCAAACGUACUGCUCCAAUCUGGUCAGGUCAGUGAUCAAUUCUCUUUCCUAGAAAACUAAUACAAUGUGUUAUCGUCGAUCAAUUGCAUAUAUCAUAUAUAUAUAUAUAUCUGAGGAGGUGAGGUUCUUCACAUUUGUUGAGGGCCAACAUUGUUGCCAAAUUGAAUUUUGAACUGCUUUUUGCUUGCGACAUUGUUCCAUUAUCUUGGAUUACGUGAUUUUUUGGCUUUUAUACGUGUAAUCUGGUACAUGAAAGAAAUGUUAUUAAGAAUUUUAUUCA